AAGAGAGAGCUCACGGCCGCCGUCUCCUCCUCCUCCUCCUCCUCCUCCUCAUCUUACGCUCCCUCUCUCUUCCAGCUCACACUCCCUUUCCCUCGGAUGCUGACUGGAUGCAGACCGGAGGAUUUCCAGCAGCUUCCUGAGCCUGCGCUCCCUCUCCUCUCCUCUCCUCUCCUUUCUGUGCCCCCCCUCCUCCCUCCCUCCUCCUCCUCCACCCCUCCUCCUCUUCCUCCCUCCUCCUCCAACAUCUGGAGCUUCUCCUCUUCUUGCUGCCUCCUCUGCUCCCCUGUUUCUUUACCACCAGGAUGUGGCACUCGGUGGCUCUGCUCCUCUCUGGAUUCUUUGCUCUGAUCCACGUGUCGUUGCAAGGUCCUCACCAGAGGAACCUGCUCAAGAACCUCCUGAAAGACUACAACCGGAUGGAGAGGCCUGUGGGCAACGACUCCCACACUCUCACCGUCGUCUUUUCCCUCAGUUUGAUCCAGAUCAUGGACGUGGAUGAGAAGAACCAGGUGUUAACCUCUAACAUGUGGCUGAGGAUGAGCUGGUUCGAUCACUACCUCCAGUGGAACCAGACCGAACACCCCGGAGUGAAGAACCUUCGCUUCACCACGGAUCAGAUCUGGACGCCGGACAUCCUCCUCUACAACAGUGCAGAUGACGACUUUGACUCCACCUUUAAGACCAAUAUUCUGGUGAACUCCAGCGGCUACGCCGAGUACCUGCCCCCAGGAAUCUUCAUGAGCACGUGCAACGUGGACGUCCGCUGGUUCCCCUUUGACAUCCAGAAGUGCGAGUUGAAAUUCGGCUCCUGGACGUACGACGGCUGGCUGCUGGACCUCCAGAUGAACGACGCCGACAUCUCGGGCUACAUGCCCAACGGAGAGUGGGACCUCGUGGGUGUUCCCGGCUCAAGGAACGAGCUCUUCUACGACUGCUGCAAGGAGCCCUACCCGGACGUGACGUUUGUGAUCACGAUACGGCGGCGGACGCUCUACUACGCCUUGAAUCUGCUCAUCCCGUGUGUGCUGCUGUCCUCCAUGACCUUGCUAAUCUUUGUGCUGCCAGCUGACUCCGGGGAGAAGAUAUCGCUAGGUAUCACCGUCUUGCUGUCUCUCACUGUUUUUAUGUUGCUGGUCGCAGAGAUCAUGCCGGCCACGUCUGACUCCGUCCCUCUUAUAGGUCAGUACUUCGCCAGUAUAAUGAUCAUCGUUGGGAUGUCAGUCAUCGCCACCGUGGUGGUUCUGCAAUAUCACCACCACGAUCCAAACGGAGGGAACAUGCCGAAAUGGGUGCAGCUCGUUUUGUUGCAGUGGGUCGCAUGGUUCCUGCGAAUGAAGCGGCCCGGGGAGAAUGACGACCCGGAGCGGCCCCCGUGUGCUCCCCACUUGCGCCGCUGCUCUUCGGGCUCGCAGAGCGGGAGCAUCCCCAACCCCCCAGACCCGACGCUUCACCCGCUGCACCCGCAGAACCUGGCUCCUCUCCAAACGGGGCCCCUUCACGCGGGGCACCCUCACCUCCACGCUCAGUCCAGCACCAACAACAACGGGAACCUCCUGUACAUGGGCUACCAGAGCAUGGAGGACCCUUCGAUGCUCUCGGAGACCAUCCAGAGGAACAAUAUCGCCGCCGGGCCUCCGCGCGUGGCAGGAAGCCCGCCGCCGCACCUACCGUCACAGUUCUGCAGCUCCCCACCGCCGCCUACUCCUAAUAUGGAUACCGUAGGGUGUCCUAGCACGGUCUCCAGCGGCGGGGGGUUCGGAGGCGGAGCGGGGGGCUGCUCGACUUCGGGGAUAGGCGACCCCCAGCUGCAGGCUAUCCUGGAGGAAGUGCGCUACAUGGCAGACCGUUUCCGGGAGCAGGACGAGACUGAGAGCAUGGCCGACCAGUGGAAAUUUGCAGGCGCUGUGAUCGAUCGCCUGUGUCUGGUGGCAUUUAGCGUUUUCAACAUCAUCUGCACCAUCUCAAUCCUCAUGUCGGCUCCAAACUUUGUGGAGGCUAUUUCGAAGGACUUUGUUUGAGAGCAAAGAGGAAAGUAAAAAAAAAAGAAAAAGAAAAAAAAGACGAGAAGUAAGCGUGAAGUAAAGGACGAAGGGAAUUACAUACAGGAUAAAGGAUGGAGUGGGCCCCGAUCCAAGGAAACACAAUUUCCAGCAAACUCUGUAAGGCUCUGUGAUUUGUGAUUGCAAUGAACUGGGAAAUAGAAAAAAAAAAAGGUUUUCUUUGCAAUACGUCGUGUUUUGUAACUGAAAAAUAUGAAGAAAACAGGCGAAGAAGAAGGGGAUACAGAGUGAAGUUAAAACGAGAUUAGGGUGAGCAGGGUGCUUUAUCAGAUUCUUGACAAGGUGAAAAGGAUUCUUGUAGUUAAUUCAAAGACUUUCCUCCUAAAUUAAGGGGAAAGAGGAUCUAUGAAGGGCUAAAGAAAGAGAGGAUUAUGAGUCCCACGCAACCGGCAAGAAAGCUCUUAAAGCAAGGGAGAAAUCCGGAGAGGGAAAGAGACGGGCAGAGAGAGACGGGGACAGAUCAGUGAGACAGGAGUUUGUGCUGUUUUAUUUUGUUGAGGAGAGAAGACAGCCCCUCACUCCUACAUGUUGAGAGAACACUGCACCGUUUAGAGUGACGCGAGGACGAGAAGGCGAGAGGAGAAAGAGACUUUUGCAAGGACAAACAUCAAAGAGGAGUCGCGAACGAACAAGACUUCACCCCCCCUGCGAAUUUUGGCAGAGCGAGCGGCUCGAUGCUCGGAUGUACAAAAGUGGACUGAAGAUCAAGAGCGCAGCCGCACAGAGGAACGUAAGGGAAUCUCAUCUAUUAUUCAAUCGCAUCCAUCUAAUGACCGUCAAAUUGAGCGGCCUCCGAUAAUCUUUAAGACUAAUAAGCUUUUAAAACAUGAAGUCUCCUCUCUGCUCGCGAGCCACUCUAACUUUCCGGGGCCUUAUCUCUUUGAGGCGAUUGCCAAUCUGCAGCAAUCAGCCGAGAUAUCAAAAGCUCCUCAGCGGCGCGCACAGUGUGCGGUGCUUAUCACGGCCGGGAAAACGAAUUAACCGGUCACCAACAACGCAGCGGCUGCACCACACUGGAGGCCCGAGCCAAUGAGCGGCCGCCUAACUGCAUCUGGCAGGUCGUAACAGCCCCAACGAACCUCAUUGGAUUUCGUAUUAAAAGUUUACUAACUCAGACAGAAGGUCAGGUCUUUAACAGAUCACGAGAGGCAGAAAAAGGGGACGAGAUCAUUAAAAGUCCUGAAAUUAAUACGGAGAAGAAACAUCCCAUCAAGUUCCAGUUAGACCCCCCCGAGAGGUUCACUGCUUCACGAGCUAAAACCAGAAAAUGAGAUUUUAAUAGAGUUGUGCUUUCAUGAAGUUGACCCGAGCGGAUGAAGACGGUGAAGUAAAAAUUGAGGAAAUGGGACUUUUUCUUUUGCAAAUUAUUUUUUUUUUGGGUCACACACGUCUCUGCCAGCAGUUUAAAUGUAUGCGAGGUUAGCUUAGCUCGGUGCACAGGUGCACAUGGGUUCCAAACGAUUCAAGAAUUUCGCUUAAGAAUCAACAUUAACAAUGCGAAAUUUGGGCCAGAAUUCCCGAGGAGCACCCGCGGAUGUGUCAAGAAAAAAAAUUUAACGGGGAAGAACAUUGAGCAGAACCCAAACCACACGGGGAGACCCAUCUGCUUGAGGUUGGCCAGGCAGGGAGACAGAAACUGAACUAGAGUAUGCAUGAUACAAAGGAAACUGAUAGUGGAUAAAAAGGAUGGUUAUUGCCAGAAUUCAAAGCUUAGAAAAGUAGCGUGUGCUCAUUUUACAAUUAACAGAAAAUUGAGAAGCACUGAAAACCUUUGUUCUUGGAAUGGCUGCGUCUAAAAUCAGUCUGAAUCAUUUCUGUGUGAAAUAUCUAGGCAGCAUUUAUAACACUUCCCCGAGUGGAACGGGAACGUAACCUUUCCAAUACAGCGUGUUGGAUAUUCACAUUACAGUUGCCUGACACUCGUCAGCCUCGAUGCAAAAUGAUGACUCCUAAGUGUCUGAAAUGCCAAUUCACUGUGGAUUAAAGUACAGUGAAGGAGCCGUGAGAGUUAAUGAGGCAGGGAUACCGAACACAGCCAAAGAUAAGAAGAGGAGGAUGAGUCAUUCACAAAAAAAGAAGAAAAUAAAAAAAGAAAAGCAACAGGAAUCCUCCAGUUGCGAGUGUCGGUGAAUUUCAAUAUUAGUUUUUCGUGUGGAUGAAGCUACUGAUAAUAAAUAUAGAUAUGGGAGGAAUGAAAUAACAAAUUCAGGUAGGAUUAUUCUGUGUUUUUCUGCGGCCGACCUUCACGCAGCCCACGCGGCUCCCUGGUAGGGAAUCGAAAAGUGUGUUUCCCUGCGUUUAAAGUGUCUGAGCCAAUAGACGACCAAACCAUAUAUUCAAACUGUAAACAGAGACAUGAAGUGGAGACGAACACUCUAAUUAAAAGCUACAACUUGAAAUGACUAUAUAUAUAUAUAUAUUUUGUAAUGUCAACAAAUCCCAUUAAAAGUAAAUGGUUUAAUUUUAUUAGACUACACAGCACCCUAGGGAAUCUAGUGUUUUUAUGGCACCAGGACUGUGUCUCGGACUGACCCUGAAUAAACCUGUGUCCGUCGUAAUGAAGGAAAAUGACGUCCGGUUCAAUGUGUGGCUCAUUAAUGUGUUUUUAUGACAGGGAUGAAAGAAAACUCUCAGGCUUUGGCUACAUAUGCAGACAUUUUUUGUUUGUUUGUUGUUGUUUUUUUUUUUUGUCUUUUCAUGGGAUUUGAUGACAGUGAGAAAAAAAUAUCGGAUGAAGUAUGUAAAUGAGAUUCCUGACCAAUAACGUCUGUCUCUAGUGCCAAUACUCACAUCUUCUCACACCGAACUGCUUCACAGAAUAUAGAGGCAGUUUCUUCAUAUAUAUAUGUAUAUAUAUAUAUAUAUAUAUAUAUAUAUACCUCUCUUCAUCUGCUGUCUCCUCUCUCCUCCUCUCUUUAAAGUCUUCUUGCCGACAGAAGGUAAACUUCCUGCCAAGGGGAGUUUGCCAAAGGAUGUUCUCCUUCGAGCACACACUGACACCUAACUAAACACUCACAUCUGUACAGAGUAUUUCUCAUCCCGGAUGAAAAAAAAAAAAUAAAAUAAAGGAUUCUCUCUUUUUUUUUUUUUU